AUUGAAGUCGCGAGUUCAGUAUUUGCUGGCUCUUGAUUCAGAUUGUCUCUCUUCUACUCCGAGCCACCCCUUUCUUUGUGUGGGUGCUACCUUAUCGUGUCUAGGCUGCGCUUAGGACGGCCUUAGCUCCCGGACCUCACGUUUUCUCGAUAUACAUAUCUUGCAUACAUUUGCCCUUGAUUUCUCUCUGGAGAGUUCUGGAUACCUGUGUGCCUUGCUUCUUUCGACCUGUCACUUUUUCCGUGCAUUAGCAUCUGGACCUGCAUCCUAUUCCGACUCUGAAACACCUGACCCCCGCUCGGCGAUUCUACCUUCGGAAUUACAUCCUCUGAUGGACAUUGCGAUUUGAGCUCGAUAUUCGCCGAUCCUAACAGUUCUUCCCACUCUCCUUUCGAUCCUUACGUCUCUCGACCGGAGUUUCUGGGACGAGUGUGAUGUUGCAAGGAAGAUAGUAGUGAAACCCCCAAUACUUCACCCAUACCUCAUACCGACAAUAUGGGAAAUACUCAGGGGAAACCGGUGAAUUGCAAUGAUGCGGUCAACCUCAACCAUUUCCGCCUCUUGCGAGUCGUCGGAAAGGGUGCAUUCGGAAAAGUUCGAAUUGUAGAGAGGAAAGAUACUGGACUCACAUUUGCCCUGAAAUAUAUUCGCAAAGAAGAAGUGGUUCGUUCGGAAAGCGUACGGAAUAUCAUUCGCGAACGGAGAAUGCUCGAGCAUUUGAACCAUCCAUUCCUUUGCAAUUUGCGUUAUAGCUUUCAGGACAUGGAGUACAUCUAUAUUGUGGUCGAUCUGAUGAACGGCGGUGACCUACGAUUUCAUAUCUCACGAAAAUGCUUUACCGAGGACGCGGUGCGGUUCUGGAUGGCGGAAUUGGGUUGUGCCUUGAAGUACAUCCACUCACAGGGCAUCAUUCACCGUGAUCUAAAACCGGACAAUGUGCUAUUGGAUUCCGAGGGACAUGUUCAUUUGGCUGACUUCAACGUGGCAUCGGAUUUCCGACCGGGCAAGCCUCUUACAAGCAAGUCAGGAACAUUAGCCUACUUGGCACCAGAGGUCUACGAGGGAACUGGGUACUACUUUGAGGUCGACUGGUGGUCAUUAGGUGUCACUUUUUACGAGUGCAUCUACAACAAGCGACCGUUUGAAGGCCGGAGCCAGGAUACCCUGAGUGAAAACAUCAAAAAGGCACAACCGAAAUACUACGUCACCAACCCUGCAGUCUCAGUUCCCUGCUUGCGCGCGCUGGGCUCGUUGAUGGAAAAAGAUCGGAGUCGCCGAAUCGGUGCCAUUGGCUUUGAAACUUUUACCCAGCACAUGUUUUUUGCCGAGAUCGACUUCGAAGCCCUUGAGCGCAAACAGAUCCCACCAGUGUUCCGACCAUCAAGCGAGAAAACCAACUUCGACGCGACAUACGAUCUGGAAGAACUUCUCCUUGAAGAAGCGCCCCUCGAAGCUAGAGCGCGCAGACAAAAGCCGCGUGCGGAGCUAAGAGAGGAUGCCACGGCAAAGGAAAUCCGGGAGGAUGAGCUCCAUCGCUUGAUUGAGACGAUGUUCGAGCCAUUCGAUUACACCUUGACCGACUACCAAGGCAAUGCCGCAGAUGCUAUUGCCGGUGUAGUAAACCCAGAGGACUGCCUUCCGGGCACAACAACCUCAACCACACACGCACGUCAAUUGUCCCAGCCUGAUCAAUCUGGUCAAAUCACUUCUCCCAUCCAACACGACGCCUCUAGCAUCCGCGUUCCGCCCUACGAAAAUAUGCAUCCAGUGGGCGAGGCCCUCACCGCCAACGAUUCCACGCCUGUUCCGCACCCACCUUCCCCUUCCACCGGCGUAUCUCCCUCACCACCACCUGCCCCAUCCUUCCACCGGCCUCUACCUCACACCCCUCGCCCGCGCGGGGCUACACGCCAAAUGAGCAAGAGCGGAGGCGUACAAAUGGUUCUGAACGAGGCUGGUAGCUGGAGCGAGCUGGCCCACAGUUCAACACUCCCCGCCGAAGGACUAGAGGGUGCUGAUGACAAGGGCAAGCAAGCCAAUGGAAUGAUGUCAUUCUUCAGUCGGAAGAAGGGUCGUGACCGCAGUCCCAAGCCCACUGAGCCUGGUGUUCUGGGUAAAGAGGGAGCGAGACAGAUCAUCAGCUGAAAGCUUCCCCUUUGAUUCUAUCAUCUGUAAUGCGAUAUUGUCAUCCAUGACAGCCUCAUUGUACCCUUGGGUCCACGAAUACCUACCCACUUGUGGUCUCUACUCGAAAUGGAAAUUGCCAUUCAGAGACAGUUGCUAUGUUUAGCACCCGAAGGCGACUGGUCAAACACCGGACCUUCGUCUCAUACACUUUGGCCAGGACGCCACCACUUCGAUCACUUCCCGCUCUCACUUCACUGUGAAGUCCUUGAGGGGAAUGCCUUUACUGACCCUGUGUCCGAUUGCAUCUUGCACAUUGACAUCACAUCUCCCAGCUCCGAUUAUUGCAGCAGAUGGAGUGCUCGAGGCACCAUCUUCUUUUCUUUCUAUUAGAUUCCCCGGGCACAGCGAGAAUUCAUUUCGUUUCAUAUUUUUACUUUACUUUCUUUCUUAUCCCUCUUCGCCUACUCCCGCGCAGAGUUGUACAGAUGUUCACGGCAGACGCAAACCCAGAAACGUCGUCUUUGCUUUUAUUGUUUUAGUACCACCCCUCUUUCGGUAGGCUUUGUCGAUUUAUAUCUUUUUCUCUUCGCAAUGAUGUGUUUCUUGAACCUUUUAUUUUUAUUCCCUCGGAGUUCGCAUACCCUCACUCGUUGGACAUGAUGCUUGUUUAAUUCUAUCUUGUUAGAAGGGUUUGGAGUUCGCAUAUGUGCAAAAUGAUCAGUUGUAUUUAAUGUCUUUUGGUCUUCUAUUACAUCCAUAUACCAAUAUCCUUGCCA